UCAAUCUGACGCACACAGGGAGCGCAGCCAGCAACUGAGAAGUCUUUUACAGUAGCAGCUAGAGCCCUCUACCUAAAUAUCUCUCAUUCAGAAGACUGAAAAUAAGUGCGACCAUGAAGACAAACGUCUGGAGCUAUUAUUUUGCAUCCAGCAUCCAGGUUCACCGACCGCUCCCACAGACGGAUGACUGAAUGACGAGUCAGGAUGGCCGGAGGAAGGAGAGGACUUGUAGCCCCUCAAAAUACUUUUUUAGAAAACAUUGUCAGACGAUCUAACGAUACCAAUUUUGUCCUGGGAAAUGCUCAGAUUGUGGACUGGCCUAUCGUCUACAGCAACGAUGGCUUCUGCAAGCUGUCAGGGUACCACAGGGCGGAGGUCAUGCAGAAGAGCAGCACAUGCAGCUUCAUGUACGGGGAGCUCACAGACAAGGACACUAGCGAGAAAGUACGGCUAACGUUCGAAAACUACGAGAUGAAUUCAUUUGAAAUACUAAUGUAUAAAAAGAACAGAACGCCGGUGUGGUUUUUUGUGAAAAUAGCCCCCAUACGAAAUGAACAGGAAAAGGUUGUGCUGUUUCUCUGCACAUUCAGUGACAUCACAGCCUUCAAACAACCCAUAGAAGAUGAAACUUCGAAAGGUUGGGGGAAGUUUGCCCGGCUAACUCGUGCUCUGACCAGCAGCCGAGGGGUUCUACAGCAGCUGCAACCUACUGUACACAAGGGAGAGAACGUCCACAAGCACUCCCGCUUAGCUGAGAUCUACAAUCUGCAGGUCCUUCAGCUGGGCUCUGACAUCCUCCCCCAGUACAAGCAGGAGACGCCCAAGACGCCACCACACAUCAUCCUCCACUAUUGCGCCUUCAAAACCACAUGGGACUGGGUCAUCCUCAUCCUCACCUUCUACACGGCCAUCAUGGUUCCUUAUAAUGUCUCCUUCAAGACCAAGCAGAACAACGUGACGUGGCUGGUGGUGGACAGCAUCGUAGACGUCAUCUUCCUGGUGGACAUCGUUCUCAACUUUCACACCACCUUCGUGGGCCCAGCCGGAGAGGUGAUCUCUGACCCCAAGCUAAUCAGGAUGAACUACCUGAAGACCUGGUUCGUCAUCGAUCUGCUGUCCUGCCUGCCUUACGAUGUCAUCAAUGCUUUCGAGAAUGUGGACGAGGGGAUCAGCAGUCUGUUCAGUUCUCUGAAGGUGGUUCGGUUGCUGCGCUUGGGCCGGGUGGCCCGUAAACUGGACCACUACAUUGAGUAUGGAGCUGCCGUCCUGGUCCUUUUGGUGUGUGUCUUCGGCCUAGCUGCCCACUGGCUGGCCUGCAUCUGGUACAGCAUCGGGGACUAUGAGGUGAUCGACGAGGAGACGGGAAUCCUCCGGACAGACAGCUGGCUAUACAUGCUGGGGGAGACAGUGGGCUCGCCUUACCACUUCAACACCAGUGGCUCAGGGAAGUGGGAGGGCGGCCCAAACAAAGACUCUGUCUACAUCACAUCUCUGUACUUCACAAUGACCUCUUUGACCAGCAUAGGGUUUGGAAACAUUGCACCCACCACUGACGGAGAGAAGAUCUUUGCUGUCGCCAUGAUGAUGAUUGGCUCCCUGCUCUAUGCCACCAUCUUCGGUAACGUCACCACCAUCUUCCAGCAGAUGUACGCCAACACCAACCGCUACCACGAGAUGCUAAACAGCGUCCGUGAUUUUCUCAAGCUCUACCAGGUGCCCAAGGGGCUGAGCGAGAGGGUCAUGGACUACAUCGCCUCCACCUGGUCCAUGUCCCGGGGGAUAGAUACUGAAAAGGUAUCUCAAACUGUAUUGCAGAUUUGCCCUAAGGACAUGAGGGCAGAUAUAUGCGUCCACCUCAACAGGAAAGUCUUCAAAGAACACCCUGCGUUCAGGUUAGCCAGUGAUGGGUGCCUGCGAGCCCUGGCCAUGGAGUUCCAGACUAUCCACUGUGCCCCUGGCGACCUCAUCUACCAUGCCGGAGAAAGCGUGGACAGCCUCUGUUUUGUGGUGUCAGGAUCCCUGGAGGUCAUUCAGGACGACGAGGUGGUGGCCAUCUUGGGGAAGGGGGACGUGUUUGGGGAUGUGUUCUGGAAGGAGGUCACCCUGGCCCAGGCAUGUGCCAACGUUCGUGCCCUGACUUACUGUGAUCUCCAUGUCAUCAAACGGGACGCACUGCAGAAGGUUCUGGAGUUUUACACCGCCUUCUCCAACCACUUCUCACGAAACUUGCUGCUCACCUACAACCUGCGGAAAAGAAUCGUCUUCCGAAAAAUCAGUGACGUGAAACGCGAGGAAGAGGAGCGUCUAAGACGAAAGAACGAGGCGCCCCUAAACCUCCCUCCAGACCACCCUGUGCGUCGGCUCUUCCAGCGUUUCCGUCAGCAGAAGGAGGCACGUAUACAUCAGGACCGUCCCGACCCAGCAGAUGACCUGGAGAGAGGCCAGACUGUGUACGUUGAGCCCACUCCCAUCUGUGAAAUCAUGGCCACCACCAGUAUUGUCACAGUCACUGAAAGCCCAGCCACACCCAUUCCUUCAGUCUCCAUCUUGGCCUCUGCAGCCUCUAGCCCUUCAGACAAAGCCAAACUGCAGGCCCCAUCUUUACGAGUGUCCGAGCCGGCCAGGGUUAAAGGCUGGGGCCGCUUCAAGGACUCCAUGGCCAAGGAGUCCAACUGGAACAAGGUGUCCAAAGCAGAGUCCAUGGAGACGCUACCAGAGCGGACCAAGACAGGGGCAGUCCACGAGUCCCAAACUUUGCUGAGGAAAACUGACUCAUGUGACAGUGGCAUUACAAAGAGCGAUUUGCGUCUGGAUAACGUUGGGGACGGCGCACGCACCAUGGGCACAACACCCCAGGACCGCAGCCCUGUAGCACCCCCUGAAGUGAUUAAACAGCAUGCCUUCUACCCCAUCCCAGAGCAGACUCUCCAGGCUUCGCUUCUGGAGUUAAAGCUAGAGAUUAAAGAAGACCUGAAGGCCUUAAACACCCGCAUGGCCAGCCUGGAGGCCCAGCUAGCAGAGGCUUUGAAGCUCCUUAAGGCGCAAACGGGAGCACCAAGCUCCCCCAAGCCUCUUUUUGAGAUCUCCAGACCGACCUCGCCAGACUCAGACAAGGAGGACAUAUUUUCGUAAAAUAGCAAAGAGGGGUUUAGGUUAAGAGUGUGAAAACAGGAAACAAAUUUAGAAAAUUGUUGUUGUCCUCAUUGUGGGCAAUAUGGUUCAGAGUUGGUGUGAGUCGUUGACGUAUCUACGCUGAGGUCAACGAUCACCUUGCCAAUGCCUGUAAAAGCAGCACACGAUGGAGCUACGACACUAGAGUGCUGUUCAUUAGGUCUUCUGGCAGUGGCACCUUGGGAGUUCACAUUGUUGGGUGGGUUUUGGAGUGUGCAGGGUGAAGGUGGUCCAGGUACAAGGCCGACUGACCCCCACAGACCAGCAUGGGUGUGGCAGCCCUUUUUGUGAUCCACAAAGAUUCACAGCUCUUCUCCUGUUUGUGUUCUGCUAGCCUGCUUGUGCAAAUUGACUCUAUAUUUUGGUUAGGACUUUUUCCCAUCAGUCUAUGGAUUUAAUUGGCAGAGCAGCAAUAAUUGAUUUUAUUAUUCACCUUUAUUCACCAAUGUCCCGGCAGAUUUCAGUAGGGAUCACAAUCUUAAUCAGUAGUUCUCAAGAGUGUCUAAAAGGGAUGAGUCCACCUUGUGCUUCUGUAAUUUCUUUUGACUACCAGUGUACUCUGUAUACUGAGAUUGUCAUUAUAUCACCCUGUAAUACUUAGCAAGACUUCUGUAUAACCGGGUGUUGCCUUUCUGAAUUCAAAAAGGUUCUACAUACAUUCAGCACAGGGACUGCAUAUUGAACUUUGUACUUGCUAUAAGCAUUCAAUGUAGAUAUUGCUUAUGGCAUUCUACUAUGUCAACACAUGAAUACGCAUUACACACAGGUGGAUCACAGAACAUAUUACUAUAUGUUUGUUUUUACAAUUUUAUUACUGAACUCUGUGUCAUUAUUGGAUCACCUUGUUGCCAUUCUUCUUUAAACCAGAUAGAGGAGGCUGGGUUGACCAAUCAGAGCUCAGGACUGUCACAUUACAACCAAUACUUUUUUUGGUAUCUGCGCAGAGAACCCUGACUGACCUAUUGAAGACCAGCAAGUUUUUUCUUUUUUAAAGGAAACUCAACAUUUUUGACUGACGGACUAUCACCGUAUGUCUUACCAGUUCUCUGCUCUGAUAUCCAUAGCCAAGAAACCAACAACCAACCCCUUUUGUUGACUGCUUUGUCAGUAUUCUUGGCCGGGGGGUUAUAUUCCUGGAAGUGACUCUGUUGGACCUGUCAGUUGCACUAACAAUGUUUCACCUUACCAUGUUGUCUUUUUUUGCAUCUGACUUAUGUCUUUCUCCUUAGACGGUGUAGAUGUGAAACAUAUAUAAAAAGUAUUACAUUU